CUCCAACCAACCAAAGGCUCGAUGCACGGACCACGCGCGGACUGGACUCUCCAUCUCCGCUGCGGGAGAAAGAAAUGCAAGUGUAAACCUCAUCUAAGCGAUAUAUCCCCAGGCAUAAAUAAAUGUCUGUCCUGCGCGAGGCAGAAAGAUGCAUCGUUAACCAGCAGAAACAUGCUGGCCUCAAUGCCUUCAUCACGCCGUUGCAGCGCUCCGGUCCGUGGUUGGACUCCGUGAGGGAUGCGGAUGCGCGGAGACAGCAUGGAAAUCCACGCUCUCCCCUCGACGGAAAACUCGUCGCUGUGAAAGAUAACAUCUGCACGCGCGACUUACCGACCACAUGCGCUUCGGGGAUCCUAGAAAAGUUCAACAGCCCCUUCAACGCAACGGUCGUUGAGAAGUUAGGCAGUGCAGGAGCGGUAGUUGCAGGGAAGACGAACCUUGAUGAAUUUGGCAUGGGGUCUCAUUCGACACAGUCCUGGUUCGGUCCAGUUAAGCAACAUCGGAAGGAUGGCGGUCAUGAGUUAUCUGCGGGUGGAAGCUCUGGCGGCAGUGCUGUUGCGGUUGCUACGGAGCAAUGUUAUGCGGCCUUGGGAACGGAUACUGGUGGUUCAGUACGGCUUCCGGCCGCUUAUACUGGAACGGUGGGCUUCAAGCCCUCAUACGGGCUCAUCUCGCGAUGGGGAGUGGUUCCCUAUGCAAAUUCUCUCGAUACAGUUGGUAUUAUUGCCAGGAAUACAGCUGCAGUGCGCGAGGUCUUUGAUGUUCUCAACUACCAUGAACCUCGAGAUCCUACAAGUCUCUCACAAUCGACACGCUCCCGAAUCAUAGAUCAGCUAGCUGAGUCGUCCUUGUCGAAGCGGCUAGUCUCGCGGCCCCUUCGAGUGGGUGUCCCUGUCGAAUACAACAUCUCUGAACUAGCACCGCCUGUCCGUGAUGCCUGGCUCUCAUCCCUGCGCCAUCUUCAAAAACAAGGCCACACAAUCCAUCCAGUUUCUCUACCGGCAACAAAGCUGGCGCUAUCAGCAUACUAUGUCAUUGCCCCGGCAGAGGCAUCCUCCAACCUGGCCAAAUACGACGGUAUCCGUUACGGCAGUCGCGCAGAAGGCCCAGACAGCGGAGGUGACCCCGAUGGAUAUCUCUACGCCCGCACGCGAGGAGAUAAAUUCGGCCCAGAGGUCCAGAGACGAAUACUGCUCGGAGCCUUCACGUUAAGCGCCCACGCGAUGGACAAUUACUUCAUCCAAGCUCAGAAAGUCCGUCGUCUCGUCCAGAACGACUUUGAUAAUACCUUCACCCGGCCUAAUCCGCUUGCUUCUUCUCCCUCCUCAUCCUCCUCCUCCCAAACCUCCACAGCGGAACCAACUCCCCAAAAACACCCAGACAAUCUCGGCGUGGACGUCCUCAUCUCCCCCACCGCUCCUUCGUACCCCCCACACCUCUCCUCCCUAACAGACCCCAACAUCCCCCCCGUCAACGCCUACAUCAACGACGUCUUCACCGUUCCUGCAAGCUUGGCCGGAUUACCAGCCAUAUCCGUGCCUAUCCGCAACCCCGAAAACGAGCACGGCACAGACAUGAUCGGUAUUCAGGUAAUCGGCCAAUUCGGCGAUGACGACCUGGUGAUGAAAGUCGGUAAUAUAUUAGAAGAUGCGAGAACGGAUUAAGGUCGAAGUUUCACGUUUUGUCUAUGAUGAAUAUUUAUCUCCAUGGCUUGGCUUGGCUGGGCUUGGAUUAGAUUGUAUGUGUACAGUGUUAGUUAUCGCUGCAGGCUGGCUGCAGCUGGGAACUUUUUCUUCUGAGGUUUAAUCAGCCUCGAUGUAUGAUUAAGAAUGUCACCUGAUAUCAAAUUACAAUGACAGUUAGAGGAUAGCUAUAAUAGCUACCUGAUCACUGCAAGGGA